AUGGCGGCGCCCUGCGCGGCUCUGCUGUCUUUGCUGCUAUCUCUGCUGCUGUCUUUCCUGCUGCUCCUGAGCGUGUGGAAGCGCUGGCGGCGAUGGCGGGCCGCGUCCCGGCACGUGGCCGUCGUGGUGCUGGGCGACUUGGGCCGUAGCCCCCGCAUGCAGUACCACGCGCUAUCACUGGCCAAGUGCGGCUUCUCAGUAACCUUCUUGGGGUUCUACAAUUCCAAACCCCGUGAUGAGCUCUUGCACAAUGACAGACUUGAAAUUGUAGGGUUGACAGAAGUGAAUAUGCUUGCAGCUGGGCCCCUAGUUCUUCAGUAUGGAGUCAAAGUGGUUGUUCAGGCAUUGCAGCUGUUCUGGGCUUUUGUGAAGAUUGAGCCGGCAUGCCACAUCUUCCUCCAGAAUCCCCCGGGCCUGCCUGGCAUCGCUGUCUGCUGGCUUGUGUGUUGCCUCUUUGGGGGCAAGCUUGUUGUUGACUGGCACAACUACGGCUACUCCAUCCUGGGUCUGCAGCACGGCCCCAGCCAUCCCCUCGUUCUGCUGGCCAAAUGGUAUGAGAAGUUCUGUGGACGCCUGUCACACCUGAACCUGUGCGUGACCUACGCAAUGAAGGAGGAUUUGGCGCAGAAUUGGAGCAUCAAGGCCGUGACCGUCCAUGACCAGCCAGCGUCCUUUUUCAGAGAGACCCCCCUGGACCUGCAACACCGACUCUUCAUGAAGUUGGGCUGUGUCCACCCUGUGUUCAGGGCCCGCUCAGAGCCCUUGGAUCCCGCCACGGAGCGCUCAGCCUUCACCGAGCGGGAUGCUGGGAGCGGAUUGGUGACACUCCGGCAGGGGCGGCCAGCCCUGUUGGUCAGCAGUACGAGCUGGACAGAAGACGAGGACUUUUCCAUCCUGCUGGAAGCCUUAGAAAAGUAUGAACAACUGAGUGUUGAUGGGGAAAACCUUCCCGCUCUCGUGUGUGUGAUAACAGGCCGAGGGCCGCUGAAGGAACACUACAGCCGACUCAUUGGGCACAAGCGUUUCCAGCAUGUCCGCGUCUGCACGCCGUGGCUGGAGGCCGAGGACUACCCCAUGCUCCUAGGGUCAGCGGACCUGGGUGUCAGCCUCCACAAGUCUUCCAGCGGUCUGGACCUGCCCAUGAAGGUCGUGGAUAUGUUUGGGUGCUGCUUGCCCGUGUGUGCUGUGAACUUCCAGUGUUUGCACGAGCUGGUGAAACAUGAGGAAAAUGGUCUGGUCUUCGAGGACUCGGAGGAACUGGCAGCUCAGUUGAAGAUGCUUUUCUCCACAUUCCCUGAUCCUGCUGGCAAACUGAACCAGUUCCGGAACACCCUCCGAGGGUCCAGGCAGCUUCGCUGGCACGAGAGCUGGAGGCAGACUGUGCUCCCUUUGAUUGUGGACACAUGA